AUGUUGUAUCCCCUUUCUGCAGGGAGACAAAAAGCCCUUCAGUACAUUGAGUCAAAGCUAAAAAUGCAGAAAUACAGAAGCAGGAAACUAAAGCUGAGAGAUGUCCUGGAAAUCACCCCAGAAAGUGUAAAGAACUGGACUCCCCAGACAACAGAAGAUUUACCGUGGCAUUUCCUGAGGAAGCUCAUGGCUCUGAAUGGGACGGCCAGAAGCACAAAGCUUGAGCACGGGGCACUUGGUGAUCAAACUCUAAUUAUGGACAAAGAGGAGCUGGGUAUUCAUAACAUUUUUUUUUUUCUCAGUGACACAGACACUAGUGAUUCUCUGAACCCCCUUGAUGUUCUCUGUGCCAUGCUGCUUUGUUCAGACAGUUUCCUGCAGCAGGAGAUCCUGUCCAAAAUGUCCAUGUGCCAGUUUGCCCUCCCUCUGCUGCUACCCGCCCUCGACACCCCCAAGUGCACCCUGAUGCUGUGGGCCAUGAGGGACAUUGUGAGGAAGUGGAGGCCGCACUCCCUGGCACAGAGCAGAGGGUUCAGAGAGGAGAGCCUGGUGCUCACAGCAAUGCCAACCAUUUCCUUUGUGCGGAUGGGUAGCUGCAGCUUCUCCAAGUCCAAACUCCUCAAUGACAUUCUCAGCCCCUCCCAGCAGCACCACGAUUUCUUUAUCCAUCAGGACAUGGAGUCUGGGAAUGUCCCUCGGGAAAUCACAGAUGGGCUGGUCGAGAUUUCCUGGUAUUUCCCUGGGGGGAGGGAGAAUUCAGAUCUUUUCCCAGAACCCGUUGCGGUUACAAACCUGCGCGGAGACAUUGAGUCACAUUGGCUGCAGUUCAGCUUUGUAACAGAGAUCUCCUCCGCAGUGUUCAUAGUUACUGAGCGCAUCAGUGAGAGACAAUGCACAUUGUUAUCAACUCUGCAGGGAUCAGACACUAAAUACUACUUCAUCUUUAAUAAUGAGGCUGCGACAUCCAAGGAAACACUGAGAUUCCUGAAAAAGUUGGUCCCGGCGCUGAAACUGAACAACUCCCAUGUGCUGCAGAAAGGACGUGCCAUAAAUCAGGCAGCAUAUGUAAAAGCUGUACAGUCUGCAAUAGCAGCCGUAAUGAGAUCUUCUCCCAAGACAUUGAGUAUAGAAGCCAUGGCUGAGACAGCGCGUCAAUUAGGCAUCCAGGUAGAUGAGGAUAAUGAGAAAUGCCAGAGUGCCAGUGAAUGUGCAAAGGAAAUCACUGUACACAUAAAAGAUGUGGCAGAGUACAAGAGGGAAAAGCUGAGACUCCAGGGGGAGACAUGGAAAAACUUGGCUGAAGUGGAAAAAGAGCUGUGCCAAAUGAGAAAGCAAGGAAACGUCCCUCUUGAGAAAUACAAGUCUCAACUGAAAGAGAAAUUAAUAGAGUUACGUGUCCAGCAGCAUAAACAUGACCUGACUGAUGGUUUGACUACAUUUAUUACUGGACUAGGCCUACUGCCUCCCGAGGAGAAACAUUACUUCCUGAAAUGGAUGAAAUUUGACCUGGAUCACAUUGCUCGGGAGAAUCUUUCUAAACUACGGGAUCAAUAUAAAGAGAAAUGCAAAAACUCAAAAGAUGACCCCAAAAUGUUUGCAGAGUUAGACAAAUUAAUCUCUGCCAGUUCCUUAGGAGUAGAGCAUUUCAUGCGUGAGUUGGGGCAGUUCUACGAGGCUGAACACACAAUGGUGAAGAAAGGUAAAAUGGCAGAAAGACAAUUCAUCCAUCUCCCAGGCAUAGCAGCUGACCUGAUGCUGGAAGGGUUUCCCAUGGAGCUGAUCGAUGGAGAUGUGUCCAACAUCCCACUGCAGUGGGUAACAGAUGUUCUGACCCAGCUUCAUGCCAAGCUGGGGGGAAGGUCCAGAAUGCUGGUUCUAACGGUGCUGGGAGUGCAGAGCACUGGGAAAUCCACCCUCCUCAACACCAUGUUCGGCCUGCAGUUUGCAGUGAGCAGUGGCCGAUGUACGCGAGGAGCCUUCAUGUUACUCAUUAAAGUGUCAAAGAACUUUCAGCUGGAGCUGGGCUGUGAUUUCAUCCUGGUGAUAGACACAGAAGGCUUGAAAGCCCCUGAGCUGGCCAAGCUGGAAGAUAGUUAUGAACACGACAAUGAGCUGGCCACACUGGUGGUUGGACUGAGUGACAUAACCAUUGUUAACAUGGCCAUGGAGAACGCCACCGAAAUGAAGGAUAUUCUGCAAAUUGUGGUCCAUGCAUUUCUCAGAAUGGAGGAAAUAGGGCAAAAAGCCAACUGCCAGUUUGUGCAUCAGAAUGUCAGUGAUGUGUCUGCGCAUGAACAAAACAUGAGGGACAGGAAACACCUCCUGGAGCAACUGAAUGAAAUGACCAAAGCUGCAGCAAACAUGGAAAAGAGAGGCAGGGAGAUGACAUUUGCUGAUAUUAUGGAUUAUGAUCUGGAAAAACACAAUUGGUACAUUCCUGCUCUGUGGCAUGGAGUCCCUCCCAUGGCUCCAGUGAAUGUGAGAUACAGUGAAAAAGUUUAUGAAUUGAGGAAAUAUUUGUUUGAAUUUCUGAAAGACUGUUCACAAAAUAGAUCCCCCAAGGACAUUCCCCAAUUUCUUGAAUGGAUGAGGAGCUUGUGGAAUGCUGUAAAACAUGAGAACUUCAUUUUCAGCUUUAGAAACAGCCUCGUUGCUGAAGCCUAUAACCAGCUCUCUGUGAAUUACACAGAGUGGGAAUGGGGUUUCCGCAAGAUAAUGCACCUCUGGGUAUCUGAAAAGGAAACUUUCAUCCAAAAUCAGCCACCAGAUAGACUAGAUGCCAAUAUUUUAACUAAAUUAAAGAACGAGGCACAGGUAAAACUGAGGCAAGAAGCAGAGAAGAUUUUGGAUAAUUUAAAACACUAUUUUGAAAGUGGAGCAGCAAAUCUGCACCUGAUAGAAAAGUACAAAGAAGAUUUUAGGAAAAGUGCAAAUGGUCUGAGGAAUGAACUAGAGAGUUAUUCAUUCAGCAAGUUAGAAGAAGCGAUUGAAAUUAGAAAAGGUCAACAUAAAACAGAUGCUAUCCUGUCAGUGUACAAGAGAAAAAUUGAAGAGAAAGUUGACAGGCUUCUGAACCAUUGCAGGAAAAGCAAAUGCAAACUAAAUAAUGAUGAACAGGAGCGAGAAUUUGAAACCAUGUGGACAGAAACAUUGAGAGAAUUAUCACUCAUUCCUCUACUGAAACGCAACAUAGAUGAAGAAAUGGAGUUCCAUCUGAGAAAAGACUUAGAGAAUAAGGGGAGUGCUGUAUGGCAGAUAUUACAGGAUGCCAAAAGCUUACCUACUUAUACAACACAAAAUUUCAAAAUGAAAAAGGAAUACUUAGACUUAAAGGUGUUCAAAGGUAUGAAAAUAUCAAUAUCAGGUGUGAAAGAAUACUUUACACAGGAAUGCUGGCAUAAAACAGAGGCUCUUGCUACAUCCUUAAUAGAUGAGUGCAAUAGUUACACUGAAAAAAGGGUAAAUGGCAAAGCAGAUUAUGAUGAAACUUAUUGCAGAGAGUUGUUGCGGAUGAUUAAUGAGCAGCUUCAGCAGGUGAAUGUUCAAAACCUUCACAUCAGCACUUGCUUUGAAGUUGAUCUGAAGCUUCACAUUUUGGGGGAUGCAGCUCGUGCAUUUCAGAAGAUGCAUGAAGAAUUCAUUAAAGAAAAUGAUCCUCUGCAGCGUCUGAUUAAACUGAAACCUCAGUAUCUCUCCACAUUCAAAGCUCUUUACUUAGAGAAGGAUGAGUGUCAAGACAGGGCCUGGAAUUUCUGUGAUCAGUGUCUCAAACCUGCUCUGGUGGACUAUGUGAACAAGAGACUUGGGACAGAAAUCGUGGAUGACUUUCUCAGAAGUGAACAGUCUAUUGAGUACAGCACCCGGAGCUUUUUCCAAUUCUUUGUUCUGAAGAAGCUUUUGGAAGAAAAUGAAUUUAACAGUUAUUUGCAAUACACAAAAAAUUACGUACAUUUUAUCAAAACCCAGAUACGGAAACACGUGUUAAAACGCUACAGAGAGCAGGCAAGUCUGGGAGAUUUGGAGAAAAGAAUUUUAUCCCCAAUAAUUAAUGAACUCAGUGAUAUUCUGACAAACUCCAAAGAUUUGAAGACUAAGACAGUCGCUUCAUUUUUAGACAACUUUUGUGAAAAGCUGCAGCAGGAUCUAGUCAUUCCCAAGGAAAGCUUAGAAGUGAUACUGUUUAAAAACACAGCAAGUGCAGACCAAUUUUCAGCUUUUAUAGAACAAUUUAUUCCUGAUCUAGAAAAACAAGUUUUAUCCACUUUUGAAAACCUGGAAAUUGAGUCAAAACUCUCAAAACUUGCAGUGAAGCCCCAGGAUGCAAUCUUCAAGCAAAUGUUUGGCUGUGGGAAGCAGUGUCCAUUUUGUAGAGUCCCUUGUGACGCAGGAGCCCCUGUUCAUGAGGAGCAUUUUGCCAAAGUGCAUCGACCUGAAGGAUUGGGGAAAUACCGGUGGAAUGAAACAAGGAGACUUGUCUCUGAUAUAUGCUCCUCUUCUGUGGCUUCCAAUAAGACAUUUAGAUGUGCAGAGACAAAAGGGGAGUUUUAUCCUUAUAAAGAUUAUCGGAAAUAUUUUCCAGACUGGAAAAUCCAGCCAGAUCCCAGCAUCACGGCUUCUGAUUACUGGAAGUUUGUUUUCAAGGAGUUCAAUCACCAGUUUGCUAAGGAGUUUGAUGCUCUCCCUGCCGAUCUCCCUGACGACUGGUAUAAAAUAACCAAAGAGCAGGCACUGGAGAGCCUAAAGGAAGCAUAUGCAUUGAAGUAAAAAACAGGCUGAGAAACUCUGAGCAGAAAGUUACAGAAGUUAAUUUGCUUUAAAUGUGGCAUGUGAAAAAAUCCCAUAUCCUCUAAAUGUGGAAUGUCGUUUCUCUUUUAAUAUCAGACACAGGUUGCAGCUUCCAAACAGAUAAAGAAACAAUGGUUUUUUCACAUUUCACAUCACAUAGAAUUUAUGGAAAAUUAAAGAUGAGGGAAAGACCCAUAUGUGGAGUUUCUGCAUCUUUGUCUAAAGGACCAAAUCCCAAAUUUGUCCUCACCACUGCAUUUUGCUGGUGCAGUGGUACCAUGUGGUGACCUGCCAACCUCCAAAGAGCCCCCUGAAUACCAACCAUCCACUUCUGCUACUUAAAGCAUCAAUAACCUGCACUUUUGCAGCUAAUCUAACACCAAGCAGCCUGGCCCUGAUGCUCACCUUCCCUGGGGAAACACAUGGGAGGGAAAAAGUACUUCAGAGACACCAAUGAGGGAGGUUUGCAGCGUAAAGUAAUGGGGAAGGGAAGGAUGCAGGCAGCAAACCCAACAGGUCCUGAGGAUUCAAAGGGAAUCCUUACAAGCCCAUCCCAUCCC